AUGGAAAAUGCAGUGAAAAUAAUGAGGCACCUCCUGUGUGAUUGUUCAGUGCAAGUCUACAUGAGGGAGACAGAAGAAAAAAGUAAAGAUAAGAUUUUGGCAGAAAUAAAAAAGAAGUUUGAAGAUCAUUGUGCUCCGCAGAAAAAUGUAAUUUUUGAAAGGGCAAAAUUUAAUACGAUUGUACAAAAAGAAGGUCAAUCUUUCGAUAGCUUCUUGGCCGAGCUGACGAAGGCAAUAAAUGUUUGUAGAGCCACAGAAACUAGUAAAGACCAAGUGAAGACAUUAGAUAAUGAAUCAAGACUAAAUGCUGUAAGAGCUAGUACAUCCAGAACCGAGUCCAGAACUUUUAUUAAACCAGUUUGUGAUAAAGACCCAAAUAAGCCUUGCAAGAGUUGUGGUUAUAAACACAAAGAGUCAAGGUCCGAGUCAACUGAAGAAAGUGACCAUGAGUUUUACAUAAGUGCAAUCAACUCAAGUGGUAGAAGUAAAAGUAACACAGAAACUAUGUGGACAAAGGAAAUAUGGAUCAAGGGUAAGCCUAUGACAUUCAAGCUAGACACGGGAGCAGAGGAUAUCAUUGAAAAAGUAGAUAAACCUACAGAGUGGGUACACCCCCUGGUUAUUGUUGAAAAACCAAACGGUGACCUUCGUCUCUGUUUAGAUCCAAAAGAUCUGAACCAAGCUAUACAACGAGAACACUUCCUCAUUCCAUCAUGUGAUGAUAUUGUUGUUAAACUGACAAACAAAAAUUUUGUUACUGUCCUAGACAUGAAGGAUGGGUACUGGCAAGUUGAGUUGGAUAGCCCAAGUGCAGAUCUUAUGACUUUUGGUACACCAUUUGGUCGUUUUAGGUUUAAGAGACUAGCGUUCGGUAUAUGUUCAACCCCUGAGGUUUUUCAAAAGAAAAAUUUUGAAAUAUUUGGAGAUAUCCCUGGAGUAGGACUGUAUUUUGACGAUUUGAUUGUUACAGGUGCCACCGAGGCUGAACAUGACCAGAACCUGAAAUGUGUAUUAGAAAAGGCUACUAAACAUAACCUUAAAUUUAACAAAGAAAAAAUUCAGUUCAAAAAAGAAAGUGUUAAGUUUAUGGGCAAAAUCUUUUCACAUAAAGGUGUUGAAACUAAUAAAAAAUAUGAAAAAGGAAAAAGAAACUUCCUGAGUGUAAGGCAGAUGUUUUAA